CUCAUAAUAUCUUAUCCUCAAAUUCAUGUCAAACUAGGCAACGAAAGACGCAGAAAAGAUGCAUGAAAUAUUCAUUAGAUAGAACUUUGUACUUCUACUAAACCAGAAAUCGGCUUAAAAUGGAAUCAUUAAGUUACGCAGCUAUUAAGACAUCAAGUCAAGUUAGAGAAGCGGAAGAGCAAAAGUCUGAGCAGCGGAAAAAGAAUCUAUUAAUAUUGAUGCUGCAUCACCUGCUCGAAGAAGGCUACUCAGAGUCAGCAAAGGCACUAGAAGCAGAGAGCAACUUGUGUUUUAAUAAGUUUGAAGUUUGUGACAAUGUGGAUUUGGAAACCAUACUUAUGGAAUAUGAGAGUUACUAUUAUGUGAAAUUUCAGAAAUACCCAAAGGUGACUAAAAAGAUAUCUGCAGAAGCUGUUAAUAAGAAUAACAAGAAUAAAAAAAACUCCAGAAUGAGCAGCACACCGACGUUACCCAGGAUACCCCAUGCCCCAGACCACUCCGGUAGUUCAUCAGCUAAUACAUCGGGAAGAAGAAGACCAAACUCUAGCACGGUAUCACAGAGGAGGCAGUCCGGUAAUGGACCAAGAAAAAGCACAGAAGGCAAUAAACAAUCACCACAGGUCAAUGGGCAUGGUGACCCGCUAUCUGACCUUUCCGUAUCGGGGUCAAUGGUCAGCAAGAGUCAAGAGAAUGGAGCAACAGGAGGCAAGCUUCCUCCCAAGAGAGGUCCUAUCAUCGAUAUGAGAGCCAUGUUAAAUAAUGCAAUCAAAGGAGCUACGCAGGAGUACAUGGGAGAUGCUGAUCAUUCAGAUAGGUUAUUAAAGCCACUCGGAGGCUAUGCAGGUUACUCGUUAGAGUGGAGAGAGUUAGCGCAGAGUAUUAGUAAAGAUAUCUACCUGCACAACCCUGAUGUAAGGUGGGAUGAUAUUAUAGGUUUAGAUGCUGCUAAGAGAUUAGUCAAGGAGGCUGUAGUAUAUCCAAUUAAGUACCCCCAACUAUUCACUGGUAUCCUCUCGCCAUGGAAAGGACUGUUACUGUACGGACCUCCGGGUACUGGUAAGACUCUACUAGCCAAAGCAGUAGCAACAGAAUGCAAUACAACCUUCUUCAAUAUCUCUGCUUCUAGUAUAGUCAGCAAGUGGAGGGGAGACUCAGAGAAAUUAGUCAGAGUAUUAUUUGAGCUUGCUAGAUUCCAUGCACCAUCAACAAUAUUCUUAGAUGAGAUAGAAUCAGUGAUGGGACAGAGAGGCAUGAUGGGAGGAGGAAACGAGCAUGAAGGGAGCAGAAGAAUGAAGACUGAGCUUCUAGUACAGAUGGAUGGACUUGCCAAAACAGAUGACCUUGUCUUUUUAUUGGCAGCAUCUAAUCUACCUUGGGAACUGGACCAUGCAAUGUUGAGAAGACUUGAGAAAAGAAUAUUAGUUGACCUACCUGUACUAGAAGCAAGGAGAGCUAUGAUAGAGUACUACCUCCCUAGUGUUCUCAAUCCAGACUGUGCCUUGUCCAUCAAUACAGAUAUUGACUAUGAUUAUUUAGCAGAGAAAACUGAAGGGUACUCCGGGUCUGAUCUGAGAUUGGUUUGUAAGGAGGCUGCCAUGAGACCGGUCAGAAAGAUCUUUGAUAUCUUAGAAUCAACAUCAGAAAAAGGGACAGACAAAACAGCUGGCAGAUCUUCAGAAGAAAACCCUAAUCUUGUUUGGCACAAGGACACCAUGCCUGAUCUGACCCUUAACCCCAUCACGACAGCCGAUGUGGAGGCAGCGCUGGCUCACACGAAACCAUCAGCUAAACUACUCAAGGAUAAAUACUUAAAAUGGCAGAAAGAGUACGAGUCAGUCUAGGGAAGGUCCGUCUCCCUUGUGUACCAAUAUUGUAGUAAAGCUGGUCUUCUGCUGGAGAUCUAUGGUACACAUCAUCGAGACCUGGUGGUGACCGAUGCUGCAUUGGAGACUAGCUAGACAAGAAUACCUUGCUCUUCGAUGCAACCCACGCAGGUUACAACUACCCAUGUUCUUGAUGCUCGAGAUGGUGGAUGAGACAAUCUGCUGAAACCUAGCAGUAUUCCUGAAGACCAUUCCAUGAAAGCUGUCAGCAUCGACUAAUGGUCAUUCUCUGACAGUUGCCACAGUAACAGUCAGAGGCCAGUGCUUCUCAGCUAGCCAACGAUCUCGAAUUUAGUCAGCUCCGACAAUUGUCAGCAGAAGGCAUUUGAUGAACCACCCCCAGAUGGAAUGGAAAUAGGACUCUGAAUUAUCUCGGAGAACUAUUAAUUUGAGUCUUGGGGACUGGGGAGUAGACAGAGAGAAGUACCUCACUUGAACUCACUUCUAGUGUGUAUUAAUGAUGCAAUGGCCAGUGGAUGCAGUAAUAAUCAUGCAGAUAUCAAAUGAUUUGUCCAUUUUCUCUUGGAAGUCAGACUGAUCUUGGUCCUAAUUCCAAAUUUUUCAGAGAUUUGAAAGUAAAAUACUUGAACCCAGUUCCAGAUUAAAUACAACUAAAAAAAGGGGGAAAAAUAAUGAAGUGCAGAUUUACAAUUUGCACUUGUGAUUGCUUUUAGAAUCAAGUUGCAUUGGAUUUCUGGACUUCAGUUUUAUUAUCUCUUUUUGCAAUGGGACCCAUAUGUGUAGUAGUGAUGAUCUGCGAUGACCGUAGCCACCUUGCUAAGUUUAAGUGCCUUGGUAAUCCCUGUAUUAACAAUAUAAGUGUUUGACAAUUUACUAGUCAAGGUUGUUAAAACUGGACUAUUUGGCAAGUGAUAGGUUCUUGAAUGCUUUAGAUUAUAUCCUUUCCUUUUCUUACGCUAGAAAGAAAACUGAUGUAGCAAGAUCCUAAGGGAUCUAGAUGUUGUCUAAAAGAGUGUCAGUGAUUUUCAGUGAUCAACCUUAUAUAAAUUAUUGUAAUCCUUGCAUAUGAUGAGUCAAAAUUGACUUUGUCAAUGAAAAUCAAAGAUUCUCCAUGAAAUAAUCUCGAGGCUCCAUUUAAUGAUUCAAAUCAGACUCAAUUUUGAAAUUAUAUUCACUUCUAUCUCAACAUACACAUUCCACUUCUGUUGUAUUAUACACAUUCCAUUUCAAUCUCAAAAUUAUGCUCAUGUGAAUCAAUUGCAACAAUUUGUGAUACAAUGUGAGCUCUAACUAGUAUGCCACGAUUAAUGGUUUGAAUAAUUGUUAAGUUUUACUACUUAUGAUAUUAGGUUACAAUAGUGUGCUACGAGCUAGACAUUAUUUAGAUUAAAUGAUUGUUGAUAUUGACAUGCAUGCCUAGGAUUUCUUUUUUAUAAUUGGACUUUUAGCAAAACCUGCAUGUCUAAAAUUUUGGUUAGGGUUCAAUUAUGUGAAUUUUACAAAAAUUGCAAUCAUAAAAAAAAGAAAAAGUUUGUGACUGUUAUAUAGUUUUACAUCAAUAUUUUUUUUUAAUUUGAAUAUGCCAGAUAAAUAUAUCAAGAGCUCUUAGACUUUAAAACACCUAUCUUAUUUAUUAAGUUAUUGUUAUACAAAUAUAUUUUUCUAAAGAUAGUGUGGUGAUAUUUUCAUCUCUUUCCCUGCUUGAUGAUUGGUUUUAUACAUUAAAGAAAUUGUCAGGACCAGACAUGUACAAUUUUAAUAUUUUCAUCGUCAAAUUUCCCCAUGAAUAUUUUAUUUUUAUCACAUCCUUCACAUAACAAGUCUUUCAUGCUUAACUCUUCCAUUCUAUAUAACAGUGAAUUCAGACCUUGAAAAUUAAUAUUUUGAGUUUAAAAACUUAAAAGAGGCUUUGAAUUUCCUAUUUUUAAAGUUUUAAUAAAUCUAUCACUACAAAUUGAAGAUUAUCUUAAAUUGCAUUAGUUUGACAUUUCUAUGCAAAACUGAAUUUUAGAAGUCAAUAAUUAGUUGAAAAAACUUAUAGGUCCAAGCAACAAGUAUGAAAAUAAUAUUGUGCUGACUCUCUUUAGACAAUUUCCUGGUUUGUGUCCGUCCCUCUGUUUGCCUUUAAAAACCAUAUGCUUGAAACAAGGAUAUAAUGUAAGAAGUAACUUUGUGGUUGAUUUAAUACUGAUCUGAAAUAUCUGUUUUUUUAUAUUGUGUACUUAGCAGAAAUAUUUGAAUUGUAAAUAAAGCUGUUUUUGUCUCGCCUGCAUAGCAGCUUUUCCAAAGACAGUCAUUUAGAGUCAAUGAACUUAGACCAAGUUGGGGAAAUCAAUAUCAAAAUCUUAACCUAAGGUUAAGUUUUUGAAAUGUCAUCAUAUCUCAGACAGUAUGUGGACCAAGUUCAUAAAACUUAUACAUAAGGGUAAUCAAGUAUUACUGAACAUUCUGCCUGCCUGAGUUUCAGGUCACAUGAACA